AAUUUUAAAUUGAUGUCGAGCGGAAAAAGACGUAAUCCUUUAAAUCUAAGCCUUCCUCCAACUGUAAAUGAAGAAGGGUUGGCUAAUGAUGUUUCUGCUACAGAAGAAAAUGAAGGAGGAAGAGGAGAAGGUGGUGGAGGGGGAGGACAAGGACAACAAACAACAGCUAAAGGAACGGGUACUCCACCUACAACAAUGAUGUUGGAUUCUCAAUUAAAACAAUUAAGCUUGUCUGGAGCACAAAUUGAAAGGAUGAAUGAAUGGAUUAAUUUGAAAAAACAGAUUGGAGAAUUAAGUGAUGAUGUUCUCGAACGUAUUUGUGAUUUGGGACAUGGCAAUGGAGGUGUUGUUCAUAAAAUGCGUCAUUCAAAAACUGGUGUAGUUUUGGCUAGAAAAUUGGUUCAUUUGGAAGUUAAACCUUCUGUUCGUAAUCAAAUACUUAAAGAAUUGGAAGUUUUACACAAAUGUAAUAGUCCGUAUAUUGUUGGUUUUUAUGGUGCUUUUACAACAAAUAACGAUAUUUCAAUAUGUAUGGAAUUUAUGGAUGGACUUUCACUUGAUAUUGUUUUACAGACUGUUGGUCGAAUAAAUGAAAAAUUGGUUGGACGUAUUGCAAUUGCUGUAAUUGAUGGACUUACUUAUCUUAAAGAGCAGUUUAAUAUACUUCAUAGAGGUUUAAAAUUUUUUAAAAUUUUUUUUUGA